AUGACCGCGGGCGCGGCCAUUGUGCCGUGCUGCCCUUUUGAGUCCGCGCCGCUGGGCGCCGUGACGGGGCCGCCGCCGCCGCCGCCGCCGCCGCCGCCGGCGCAUUCCCGCACGCCGCCGCCGCCACUCGAUAUGGUAAUAGCGCCGCGGCAUCCUCCAAUUAUUGACGUCGCCUCGGUUUCGCCAGCUUCGCCCAAUUACGGGCUGCGAGUCCGGGCGGCGCAGAGCGGAGGGCAAAGGCGAGUGUCCUCACGGCAGCGCACCGCGGCGCCACAAUUAAAACGCGACGAACGUCCACCUCAUUACAGCGCGGCCUCCGCGAUGCGCGUUCUGCAGCGCCACUUCCGAGGACGCGUGCUCCUCUGA